UUCCUUCUCUCGUGGUGGGGAGGGGGGUGAUAAAAGUUGAGAAACACUCAUUUAAAGCACGUGAUACAGUGCCUGCCUGGUAGUAGAAUCCCUGUGUGUGUUGUAAUGUUUUAAGUUCCUUUUCUCACGUGUCCCUGGAAAUAGAAUGAAGAAUCCAUCCAUUGUUGGAGUCCUGUGCACAGACUCACAAGGACUUAACCUGGGCUGCCGUGGGACCCUGUCAGAUGAGCACGCCGGGGUGAUAUCUGUUCUAGCCCAGCAAGCGGCUAAGCUAACCUCAGACCCCACUGAUACUCCUGUGGUGUGUCUAGAGUCAGAUAACGGGAACAUUAUGAUCCAGAAACACGACGGCAUCACAGUGGCUGUGCACAAGAUGGCCUCCUGAUGGCGCCCAGGUUCUCCCGGAGCGCGUCUGCUCCUUGCCUUACACUGUUAGUUUCGGUGGUUAGGCCUGUCAUCCAGUGAGCUUUGGGCACUUUUGUAUUAAUUUAGGCUAAGUUGCUUUUGGACACUCUGUGGACUGACUUACCAAAAUAUUAGUAAGAAAGGAUCUUGUUUUGCAGCAGCAGGUCUGGGUGACUUUGUAUAUAGAAUUCUGUUGUGUUCAAUAAAUCUGGUUGGAGGAAA